AUGUACAGAGCAUCUGCAGGGUCAUGGACAGGAGCAUCGGCUGCCAAUGACUACCUUCGGCAAGACAAGUCGAAGGAGAAACGCUUUGCGUUCGAUCAAGCCUUCGGUUCGGACGUUGAUACCAAAACUCUUUUCAAAGCCACUGCGGAGCCGUCGAUCAAGUCGGUUCUGCAAGGCUACAAUGCCACUGUUUUCGCUUAUGGUUCCACUGGGGCUGGAAAGACUUUCACCAUGAUAGGGACUCCGAUCGAGCCGGGCAUUAUGUUCCGAACUGUUGAAGAGAUAUUUGUUGGAGUCGCUGAACCUGGCGAAUAUACCUUUUCAGUAACUUGUACCUUCGUUGAAGUCUACAAUGAAAAUCUGCGGGACCUGGGAUCCGGCGAUGGCAGAGAUGGUAUUCUGGACCUGCGCGAGGAUCCAGUGACCGGAACUUAUGUCGCAGGUAUCACAGAGAUCCGCGCAGAGUCAGUUCAGGAAGUGAUGGACCUCCUCCAGAUGGGCAACCAGCGGCGCACCACUGAACCGACCUCCAUGAAUGUAACUUCAUCCAGGUCGCAUGCCGUUCUGCAGGUUCGCGUGGAGCGAAGGGGCAAUCCCUCUUCGGGCACUUUGAUUGGCAAGCUGUCAAUGAUAGAUCUUGCUGGAUCGGAGCGCGCGUCGCAAACCAACAACAGCGGAGUCCGAUUGCUGGAGGGGGCGAACAUCAACCGCUCCUUGCUGGCUCUCGGGAACUGCAUAAACGCCCUGGCCUCUGGGUCCCAGUUUGUACCAUACCGAGAUUCGAAGCUGACCAGGCUUCUCAAGGACUCGCUUGGCGGCAACUGUCGCACUGUCAUGAUAGCAAAUAUUUCUCCUAGCCACCUCAGUUAUGAAGACACCCUCAACACCUUGAAGUACGCAAACCGGGCAAAGAACAUCCGGGUCCGUGCCAAGCAGAACGUGGUCCGGCCAGACGAGCAUGUGAGCCAGUUCGAGCAGGCCAUCGCCGACUUGCGCAACGAAGUCUCCAUCCUGAAGUCCAAACUGGCGCAACGAAGGGAGGCUCCAAGCGACGCCAUGGAAGGUGACGAGAACCUCUUGAAGGAGGCCAGCGAGAACUGGAAGCUGGAGGUUAUUCGGAACUUGGAAAGCCGCACCUCACUGCAGCGCUCUCUCAUUGAUGUUGAGCGCGGCUUGGUUCAGUGGAGAGUGGAGCUGGAGCAGGCUAAGGAGAUCAUCGUGCAUUGGGAAGAACGAUCUGGAGGCAGCUCACCUUCAAAUCGCCGCUCCGAUGCCAGAUCUUUGGAGGAGUGGAAAGAGGCCACUGCUCAGAUCGAAGAAAACAUCAAGGAGAACAUUGAAACAAGAAGAUCCUUGAAUGAACGUCUCCAGCAGAACAAGAUUGCAGGCAAGGAACUGCAGAAGCAGCUUUCCCAGCGCGUCCUCAACGAGGAUCUUAGAGCUUUCCUGGAGCUCAUCCAGCGGGUUCAGGUCCUGGAAGUCCAGAGGCUUGAGCUGGAUCAUUUCUGGGAGAUUCACCGACAACAGCUGGAGCAGUCGGACCAGGAGAUCGCUAUGCUCAGAGAGCAGCUUCGGCUCCGAAAUGCUCACAUCCACGAACAGCGGCAGCAGCUCUCCAAGGAGAAGCAAGAAGAAAUGCCAGGACGUGUCUUCCUGUUGGGGAGCACUUUGGCAGAGUCUUCUCCAGUGCAGCAGCGCGGGCCACUGCGAGUCAUGCAGGCAUGGGCACCAUCGAAAGACGAGGAUGGGCAGGAACAGGAACGUGUGAACAGCGGAAAUCUGUCGGUGUCCGAAGAGGCUACGGACGAUUUUCCGAUGCAAGAUAAGAUCAACUGGCGGGCCUUGGAGGUCCCUUUGGCUUCACAGAUCAGAGGCUUAGCACAGCUGCAGCAGAACGCGGGCACUUCCCGACUUUUUGCGGCCAAGGCUUGGAAGGACAAGUCCCUGCGCAGCAUUCCUGAGCGGGCUGCUCGCCGUCCGUUAGCGCUGGCACGGAACGGCGUGGCGCCUCCACCUCUGGCGCCGCCGCCCGCUCCGCUGCGGGAGCCAAGGGAGCAAUUCCAGCCCAUCGCAAGUGCGCGGGAGCACCUGUCCGCCGCUGAGAAGGAAGUCCUCCCUCGAGGCUGGACAAAAAUUCUGGUGGCGCAUAUCGAGAUAAAAGCCGGGGAAGAGCGCGCAGUGAACACUCGUCCCGAAUGGCGCGAGUUGGCGCUUCGGCCAUGCCGAAGCAGCUACCAGGGCACAGUAGACUCAUACUUCCGACCCAGGCUAGACGAGGUCGAUUACUUCGGUGCAUGGUGCACAACCUGCACGGUGAGCAGGGAGCAGACAGAAAAAGAGGAAUGGCAGCAGCACAGCAGCUUCCUCAAGCAUCCGCUUACGCCCCUCCUCCAGGAACUGUUCGACUUGCAGGACUUAGACUCGAACGGACUGCUGGAGGAGUCAGAGCUGAUAGAGCUCAACAUUGUGAUUGCCACAUUGCACUAUGGUCGCGAUAUUGACAAAGACAAGCUACACAAAAAGUACCAGAACCUUUUCAGGCAGCGCCUGGAUCCCCUUGGCAGGGGCGUUGGUUUCCCGACCUUCCACGACUACAUGGUGCAGGUUCUUGUGGAUUACGACAAAGACGUGGCUGCUCAAGAGAUGAUUGUCGAGCAGUUCAUCGCCGAGGCUAACCUCGCCAGAGCCUUGCUUUUCAGUGAGGCUUGGUGUGACAGGCAGAAAGCGUAG